GGCAAACUGGAUUAAAGAGCAAUCUAUGCAUUAUGUCGAUGAUGGCUACCAUGAGAACAAUGCAUCCAAUGUAUUGUGCACAGAAAAUGACUGGAUUGUGACUGCAGUGAAUUCUUACAACAUUUCACACGAUUACCUUCUCGAUCUUUGUGAUUAUGUGACGCUUUCAAUGUUUUUAAUUCAUAAAGGUACAGGUAUGUAUCGUUCCACAGGGAGAGGUCUUAAAAUAAAAGUAGGAAAUUAUCAAUCGGAGAAUGUCACUCGUCCAUAA